AUGGUGCUACGAUGCUCCCAACUUGACGUCAGGCCAUCUGUGGCAGCGACGCAGCAGGCGCAGAAAAGGUGGUUGAGGGGCUGCUCGCUGCUCGCCCCGAAGCUGCAGCAGCUGCUCGUACAGGCGCGCGCGACGCUCUCGGCCGCACACCUUUGCAUGCAGCUGUGGCAGCCAACAGGCUGGAAGUUUGCCGAGCGCUCGUGUCGGCAAAUGCUGAUCCUGGGCUGCUGGAUGGACACGGGAUCUCGGCCGUGGAGCUGGCGAGGAGACGGAAGCUGGACACUUCGAAAGGUAACUGGCGACAUGAAGCCGAUCCUUUUCAUGAGCUCCUGCGGGGAGCUGUAG